AUACAUGGACUACUAGACAAGCCGGAAGAAGACUUGAAUCCUGCUGGGGGUCUAGCACUGUCAUGUGCUGCGGUUGAACGAGCAUUGACGCUUAUCGCUACUCGUACCAUAACCAUCGAAAUGGUUCUCGCUGCCAAGGGCAAAUCUAUACCCUUGCCGAAGACGCUCAAUCACUCAACCGGCAAAGUCUCCAAUCGCCAAACGGGCUUCAAUGACGUCACCUGGGGUUCUUCCACGCGCUCAUAUGUGAAGUCGAUCGUGAAAAGCCUCCGAGAGGAGAAGUUCCAAGCCAUCAUCACUUCUGCGAAGGAAUUUUCCAAGAAGAGCCAUCGUUCUGGCAACGAUAGAGCCGUCGAUGACGCUGUGGAUGAUGAAGACUUCGACGAACGCGCCCAGCUCGUGGACAUCUCGGAGUCCGAGUCUGGGUCCGAAGACUCGGAUGGCUCUGACGUGGAGUAG